AUGAUCGCAGCCUGUCUUUGCAUCAAAAACUUGUUGAGCAGUUUCUUUGAGAUUGUUGUGAACAAGAUGCAUAACCGGAUGGUCAGGUUUUUGCUGGUGAUACCGACGCUUCUUCUUGCACCACACAACUUGUGUUGGAAUGGUCUAAUCACAGGACUAAUAUACAACAAGCCAAAUGAUCCGAUCGAAUUCCUGGAGAAUGCAAUUGGUAAAGUGCGGCAGAAUCCGGACCUAGAGUACAAAUGGGAUUCGUUCGUCGAUGAGGAGGUUUUCCGGCGAUACGAGGAAUCUGCUGAAAAUGACCUAAAAAUUGUGCCGGUUGAAAAGGUAAGGAAGCCGUCGAAAUCCAGGAGCAGCGCAGCAGCCAGUCGACAGACUCAGAGAAGUGGUUCAAAAACUUCCGUCACUGGUUCGCCUACUGUUGCAACCGUUGCAACUGCCGCAAUCGAUUUACCGUUACGACCAACAUCUAUAAUGCAAGCGGCCGAAUCAGCGAAAAUUCCGGAUGUCCCAAUUAUUUUAUUCAUGGGUGGCCCCGGAGGCGGAAAAACACGACAUGCAGCUCGGGUGCAGGAAGCUUUGGGUAAGUUUGGCCUUGUGCACAUUUGUAUGCCGGAUAUGAUUCGUGCUGCAAUUGCCAAAUACCAGAACAAUUAUCCGGAAUGGAAAGAAGCUGCACAACGCUAUCAGCGAGGUGAAUUGAUACCGAACAAUUUGGCGCUUUCGCUGGUGAAAGCGGAGAUGGGCAAACAUCAGGAUGCAAAAGCUUUCUUCUUGGAAGGUUUCCCACGUGAAGCACGACAAGUUGAAGAUUUUGAGCGUGAAGUUAGCAAAAUUCAGGAAAUUAGAUGA